UACACACGUGUGAAGAGCCCGAGACCAUCAGCAGCAUGGCCUGGUUUGUACGCUCGUUGAUUAGUUUCUUGACAUCACUGAUGAUGAUGAUGAUGAUGAUGAUGAUGGAGGUAGAGGCGACAUACGGACCGUACAGAUUUAUCCAGGACAGAUCUACGGCAAGACACCGACCACUGACCUACAGCAGACCUGCUCACGGACACAACAUCAACUUUGGAGCCCUGGCAGAGGUGUGCAAGAGCCGCCCGCUGGACCUGGUGUUCAUCAUCGACAGCUCUCGCAGCGUCCGUCCUGCCGAGUUCGAGAAGGUCAAAGUGUUCCUCUCAGACAUGGUGGAUUCUCUGGACGUCGGCGUCGAUGCCACACGUAUCGGAUUGGUCAAUUACGCCAGCACGGUCAGCAUCGAGUUCUUCCUGAAGACGUACGCCAACAAGGCAGAUCUCAAACGUGCCUUUUCUCGAGUCGAGCCUCUCUCCACUGGCACCAUGACCGGCCUGGCCAUCAAAACAACAAUGGAGCGCACGUUCACUGAGGAGUCCGGAGCCAGGUCGUCUAAUAAGAACAUCCCUAAGGUGGCCAUCAUCGUGACAGACGGGCGGCCGCAGGAUAAAGUGGAGGAGGUGUCAGCUUCCGCCAGGGCUGCUGGGAUCGAGAUCUACGCUGUUGGAGUGGACAGGGCCGACAUGAAAUCUCUGAAAGCCAUGGCGAGCCAUCCCCUGGACGAUCACGUGUUCUAUGUGGAGACGUAUGGCGUGAUCGAGAAGCUCACGUCCAAGUUCAGGGAAACUCUGUGUGGUAUCGAUGCAUGUGCACUCGGACACGACUGCGAGCACGAAUGCGUGAACAGAUACAACUCUUACUACUGCAAGUGCAGAGAGGGACAUGUGCUUAACCCGGACAAGAAAACGUGCUCGCAAGCCAAGGAGGCUCGCAGUGAUUUGGUCGAGGACGCGUGCAUGUGUGAGGCUCAGAUCGCGUUCCAGAGGAAAGUCCAUCACAGUAUUAAACAGAUAAACGGCAAAUAUAUCCUUUCCUGUGACUGCUGCAAGUCUGCCUGUUCUUCAUGA